AUGGAAAGUUCUCCCACCAAACUCAUGACCACAGUCGCCAUCAUGAUCUGUGUCGAUCACGGGCAGAUCUCCAUCGAUGAUGAUAUAACCCCAAUCCUUCCGGACCUGUGUGCUCUUCUGGUUCUGGAUGGUGUCAGAUCAGAGGGCCAAUGCCUGAUAAAACCCAGAGCUAAGUCUAUUACUCUUCGGUUGCUGAUAAGCCAUCAAAGCGGCUGUGGCUAUCACCCAAGUCCUCGGCUGGCAAGAUGGGCGAGACAGAAUGGCAAGACUAACAGCGUCUUUGACAAUGACUUUGAAGGCAUGAAGACCUACCCACUCUUCUUUGAGCUCGGAGAGGGCUGGACCAUCGCGCGAAUCAACAAUACCACACUCGAGGAGUUCAUGCGAUCCAACAUCUGGGAGCCACUAGUUAGACAUGGCCUAAGCGACCUUCUAUCCCGAGUUGCACCCAGGCAUGAUGGACCGCCUCGUCAGAUGUACGAUCGCAUAGACGACAAAGGGCUAGAGCGCGGCGCCUGGCUCUCGCAAAUCCCAGCUCAGCAUAACUGCGGUGGCCCUGGUCCGUGGUCAACACCGCGCGAUUGGACGAAGUUCCUUGGCAUGGUGCUCGCAGACCGUGGAUCCAUCCUCUCCAAAGCCAGUAUCGAUCAGAUCUCCAACGCGCAGACUAUUGGCUCGAAUGACCUUCAGGAGCUGCUGACGGGCCCACUCUGCGCGUCCCUACGCUCCAAGGUUGACAUGGAUGCCGGCCGCAUUGGGUUGAUCAGCGAGUUUGAAAUGGCGGUAUAUGCAGAAUUUACUUAG